AUGGGAAAUGUAUGCUGCAUGGGAAGAACAGGCCACACACCGCAAAAUAAUGAAAACAGCAUGAUAAAGGAUAGUGAAUUUCAUAACAAAAAGAAGAGCGACCAUCGCAGAUCAUUCGAACAAAGCGACUCCCGUAGAGAAUCCAAACGGAUUUCAUCCCCAAAAAACUCAAAACCUGCUGUGCAGUGGCAAAAUUUAUUUAGCCAGCAUUCAGAAAACAAAAAAUCAGAAGAAAAUACUGCAAAAAUCCAGAAGCCGAUUCUUGCAAGCAAAUUAGAAAAAAUUGAAGAAGAAAGAAAAUCAAUUGAGGAUAACUACAAAAGCGACUUAUAUGAGACACAAGGAUUUUUACGCUUUUUAUAAUGAAUUUUCUAUUAAUUUCUAUUAUUUCUGCUAUUAAAAAAAAUCAAUAUAAAACGAUAUAAUUGACUAUGACCUAGAAGAAGCCACAAACUAUACAAAAAGCGAUCAGAGAAAAAUAAUCCAAAUUUUAGACAAUUAUCAAGAAGAGUUAGAAGAUGGAGAUAUAGAAGAAUUGGACGGGCUGAUUGAAGAUGCCAAUAUGAAUGGCGUAUUAAUUACAAUGAUGUUUACAACACAUGCUAUAUAUAUACUAAAUUCUGAGGAAUGGUCAAGUGUUACUAGAAGAGUGCCAUUUGAAUCAAUAAAAGCUAUGAGUCUUGCGGCUAAAGGACUUUCUGUGCUCUUUCAUAUAGAGCCAGAGGACGGGAAAUAUAAUGAUAUUUUGAUAAGUAGCGAGAGGUAUAAUGAUAUCAUUAAAGCUACAGAACAGCUUUAUUAUGAAUGUACAGGAGAUUAUGUACAAUGGAAUGUAGCUGAAUCAAAAAAUGAUUUAUUCACGUUUUUGAAUAAGCCAAUUAAUAAAGAAUUCACAAGCGAGGAUAAAAAUUUGACAAAAGUUUUUGUGAGAUAUGGAGAAAUUGGAGAGAAAAAGCUAAAACUUCAGCUGUGCUCGACGUCAUCUGAAUCAUUUGAAUUUGACAAAUAAGGCUUUUAGCUAAAUUUAUUGUAGUUUUAUUAUAAGACAUUGACCUAUUGAUAUAAAAAUUGAUUUUUUUAUUAUGUAUAAUAAGUUUUUAAUUAAUGCAAGAAAGAAUAUUUUUUAUUGACAAACAAAGGUAUUUAUAUAUUAAAAAAAGAUUUUGGGAUGAUUGAUAAAGUGUUUUUAGAAAAUAUACGAAAAAUUGGCAAAGAUUCAGUACAGAGAUCAAUUAUUGUGUAUGAUGUAGAUAAAUCGUUCUAUUUUAAGCUUCCGUUGGUGAUAGCAGAUGAUAUACAAGAAGCUGCGCUUGCAGUAGGAAAUUCGAAGAUAAAAGAACUUGACCUUGACUCGGAGUCUUAUUUAAGUGUUACUAAUAAUUAA